GUCAGCUACUAUACGUUUCAGACGCAUUUCUCACAUCAUAAAUUUAACAGAAAAUUCAUUUUUUUUUAUUAGUAAAGUGUGGAAAAAUCCGAAGGCUCUAGUUUGUAAAGCGUGCUGUUUUAUUCGCUUUGGUUUUGAGCAUCUGCUUUGUUUUGUGUUUAAAUUUUGGUUAUUUAAUUUUGGUUCAGCGGAUGCAAAAUGACUUCGAUUGAAUCAAAACGCGUGCAAUAUCGAAAGUACCUGGAACGUGCUGGAGUUAUCGAUGCUCUAAGCAAGGCUCUAAUUAAGCUCUACGAGGAGCAAAAUAAGCCCGAAGAUGCGAUUCGAUUUGUGCGCAAAUUCAUGUGCGAAAGCUGCCCGGAUGAUGCUCAGUAUGAUGUAAUGAAGAACGACUUGGACGAGGCUAAAACAACGAUAGCCCGCCUCGAGCAGGAGUUGGAGCGUCUGCGUGGACAAAUCAAGAAAUCACCAGAGGAAUACCAGGAGCUCACUCUGGCUGGGUACAAGGCACUCAUUGAUGACGAGGAGCAUGUCAGCUCGCUUUUGCGUAAGUACCUCACGCCUGAAUUGCUGGAGGAAUACAUGCUGGUGACCACUCCACCGCCGGUCGAUGCCUAUCUGUAUGAUUGUGCUGUAUCGGGCUUCGAGCAUCAUGAUUCACCUGUGGGCAUUUAUGCGGCUGAUCCAGAGUGCUACGAUGUGUUUUCUAAGCUAUUUGAACCAAUUAUCAAGGAAUACCAUGGUCAGGAGGAUAACGACAGCGAUAUGCUGCAAAAGGACGUCGACUGGGGCAAUGUAGACGAGAUCGAAAACCUGGACGCGGAGCGUAAAUAUAUACUCUCUGCGCGCAUUCGCCUUUCGCGUAAUAUUGAGGGUUUGCCGUUCUUCCCCAAGUUGACAGAGAAGCAGCUGAUCGAGGUGGAGGAGAGAAUCCGUGCUGCAACGGAGACCAUGGACGGCGAACUGAUUGGCACUUAUCUGACGAUGGGUGAUAUUGAUUCAGAGACGCAACAGGAAAUGGUCAAACGUGGCGUUCUUUUCCCGCGAGGCGAGGGAAAGUUGCAAACCGCUGGUUGUUAUCGCUUCUGGCCGACCGGACGCGGCGUCUAUCAUAAUCCCGCCGAGACGUUUAUGAUUUGGUGCAACGAAGAAGACCAUGUGCGCAUCAUUUCUACGGCGCAGUGUGGCGACCUGGGCGAUGUCUAUCAGCGUCUGGUCACCGGUGUGCAGGAGCUGGAGAAAAAUCUGAAUUUCGUCCGUCAUUCCAGCUAUGGCAAUAUGACCGCUAGUCCUACAAAUCUGGGCACCACACUGCGUGCAUCUGUGCAUAUUCGCCUGCCACUCUUGGGCAAGGACGAAGAACGAUUGAAGGCAAUGGCUGAGGAGCUGUCGCUGCAGGUGCAAGGCACAGGUGGCGAGCACACUGCCAUCGAGGAUGGUGUUAUGGACAUUUCGAACAAGCGUCUGAUGGGUUUCACCGAAUUCGAGUUGGUCAAGUCUCUACAGGACGGCAUUGUGGCUCUCAUUAAUGCGGAAGAGGAGCUGGAGAUUGCCGGACAGGAGGGCUAGUCCCGUCUACUGAUAUUAGCACAUUGUAACAGCUUAAAGACCAGUAUCAACACUCAACGGGGCUGGAUGUGCGAAUUUACUACGCAAAUUGAGUUGUCGGUUAACACAUUGUUUAAAAUAAGGUACAAAUAUAUUCGGUUUAAUAAAUUUCAGCCCCUUC